GCUUUAUGCUGGGGGGCACUUUAUAAGGGGUACCCUGUGAAGGUCAGUGUAGCCACUUCUCCUCGGGGUGACGGUGAAGGCUGAGAGGUGGCGGGACCCCCACUCCAGAGACGAUCCGCCUGUGCUCGAAAAACACCGCCGAGUAAGAGGAACAGGCACCUCACGAACCACAGCCAUGAACGGGACCGAAGGCCAAGACUUCUACGUGCCCAUGUCCAACAAGACCGGGGUGGUGCGGAGCCCCUUCGAGUACCCCCAGUACUACCUGGCUGAGCCCUGGAAGUUCUCGGCGCUGGCUGCCUACAUGUUCAUGCUGAUCCUGCUCGGCUUCCCCGUCAACUUCCUCACGCUCUACGUCACCAUCCAACACAAGAAGCUCCGGACGCCUCUAAACUACAUCCUUCUGAACCUGGCAGUCGCUGACCUCUUCAUGGUCUUUGGAGGCUUCACGACCACCAUGUACACUUCAAUGAACGGGUACUUUGUCUUUGGAGUAACAGGGUGCUACAUCGAAGGCUUCUUUGCUACGCUGGGCGGUGAAAUUGCUCUCUGGUCGCUGGUUGUCCUGGCUGUCGAAAGAUACGUAGUGGUCUGCAAGCCCAUGAGCAACUUCCGCUUCGGGGAGAAUCACGCCAUCAUGGGCGUCGCCUUCUCCUGGAUCAUGGCCUUGGCGUGCGCAGCUCCCCCGCUCUUCGGCUGGUCCAGGUACAUCCCUGAGGGCAUGCAGUGUUCGUGCGGGAUUGACUAUUACACCCUGAAGCCGGAGGUCAACAACGAAUCUUUCGUCAUCUACAUGUUUGUGGUUCACUUCAUGAUCCCGCUGUCGGUCAUUUUCUUCUGCUACGGAAACCUGGUUUGCACCGUCAAGGAGGCUGCCGCCCAGCAGCAAGAGUCUGCCACCACCCAGAAGGCGGAGAAAGAGGUGACCCGCAUGGUCAUCAUCAUGGUCAUUGCCUUCCUGAUCUGCUGGGUCCCCUAUGCCAGCGUCGCUUUCUACAUCUUCACCAACCAAGGGUCAGACUUCGGGCCCAUCUUCAUGACCAUCCCGGCUUUCUUUGCCAAGAGCUCAGCUAUCUACAACCCUGUGAUUUACAUCGUAAUGAACAAACAG